AAAGAGUUAAGAUAUCGAUUUUUUUUACAAAGUACGAUACCAGUAAGCUUGGGUUGUUGGCAAGCAACAAAAUGGCGCUCACUUUGACUGAAAGUCUAAUCCGUAGUCGUGUAAAUUUAACCCACGAAAACCUUGAAGAUAUUAAAUCCUUGUCAUUACCUGGAACAUUCCAUGAGAAAGUUGUUUCUAUUGGAACAUCAUUGAGAAAAUUUUCACGUCUGAAGUCAGUUGAUUUCUCAAGGAAUGCAUUAGAUUCUCUGCAGGGCUUAGAACAUUUACAGCUUUUAGAGAAAUUGAAUCUAUAUUACAAUAAUGUGAGCAGCCUGGAAGAAUUGCAGCGCUUAAAACAUAAUCAGAACCUUAAGGAAAUUGACCUGAGGCUGAACCCCGUCACAAGAAAUGAACCAGAUUAUAGACUAUAUCUCAUUCACAUGCUGCCAAAUUUACAAAAGUUGGAUGAUAGAGGUGUCAGUGAUCGAGAACGUCAGACGGCACUAACCCAUUUUAGUAGUUGCCAGGCAUCAGAAAUGGGACUAGAGUCAGCAAAAAGGCAAGCUGUACCUAAACAGUCCUUGCCUAGGACAGAAUUGAUGUCAAAGUUAUUGAAAGUGACAACAGCUUUAGUAGAUGAUGAUACAGCUAUCAUUGAUAUCAUGAAUCGCAAUGAAGGAGAUUUUGGAAGGUCUCGUCCAUUGACUGGCUCUGUCGCUAAAGAAGAUACUGCCGUUGAUUACAAUCUUGAAAGUUUAAAAGCUCUUGAUCAAGCCAAACAGAUGAGGUACAAAGAAAGAAUGACGGGGGACAUGGAAACCAAUACCAGAUUAAUUGAGUCAGAGAAGGUUGAUCCUCGUUUAAUAAGGUAUAAAGAAAUGUAUCCCAACAUACUUGCUGCUCCUGCUGAAAGCAUUCAGAGAAUCGGUGAAGGUCAUAGUUCCAAAGAUAAUAAUCUUAUGUUUGGUGAUGAAGUUGAAGCUAAUAUUAAGUACAAAGGUCAAGGCUAUUUCACUCCUCACCCAGAUGGAAAGUAUGAAUUGGACAAAUUUAAUGAACAAGCUUCAGGGCAAUGCAAAGAGGAGCGAAGAUCAAGAAUUGAUUAUUUAUCACAGGAUGACUAUAUAAGACAGAACAAACCAAGACAUCAGAGAGCUCAUAGCUUUCCAGGACUUGAGUUUAUGAAUGAUCCUGACCAGGCCAAAGAAAGAAAUCUUUUAUUUUCAUUACUAAACCUUGUCGAUAGAUACUGGAAUGGGACCAAGUCACUGCAUAAACAUCCCAAAUUUAUAGAACAGUCUUUGCAGUUCAUCUCUGAGUACACACUAACACAGGCCAACAAAGAUGAUGAGGUUAAGGUCUUGAGGCAGAAGGUGGAGAAACUCAGUGAAGAAAAUGCCAUGUUGAAAAGAAUGAAAGAGAGUCAGCUAGAUGUGGAUGCCAAUGUAUUGUUGAAAAGAGCAAAAGAAGACAUGGAAAGGAUGCAUGACGAAAUUCGCCAUUAUAUGAAUGAGAACAGAGAGCUGCAAAGAAGGCUAGAUUGUUGGGAGUCUGGUGCUAAUCCCAGUCAACAUGCCAGUGGGGCUGGUGCAUCAGACAGUACCUUGGUCAACUUGAGUGUUUUAGAUAGUCUUCAACGUAAAAACAAUUCUUUAGCCAAAGAAGUAGAACAGAUGAAAACGAAAUUAAAUCAGUGUGAUGAGUUAACAAACAUGUUACAAGAAAGUCACAGAUCUUUGAUAGAAACCAACAACCAUCUUUUGAAAGAGCUAGAAACUAGCAAACACAAGCAUCAAAAAGAAAUUGAACAGAUGCACUGGAGCUAUGAGCAAUUGAAAACCACCAUGAGUCAGACCUCAAUGAUUCAACCUAGUCCAAGAAAUGAUUUAGGAACAAAUAACACUUCUUCAUAUUCCAAAAAUAAAAAUGACCUUCUUAUCGUUUGAUUUUUAAAAUGUCUUAACCAAAUUUAUUGUGCCUUGUUAGCAUAUUCCAUUAUUGGAGACCUUAAGCAGCAUCUGCUGAUAAUCCUGAGAAACAAUGUUUGCAAAAAUGAUAUGCAGUUCUUUCUUGAUUUCAAGUGAAUAAAAAAUUAUUUUGAAUAGAAAAAUUAGACUUACCAUUAAGAGGGUUAUCAUUUUAGGGGACAUUAUUCAGUAAGAUUUUUUUUUUAUUUCAAUAAACAACAUUCAAAUAUCAUCUUCUAUCUAAUUCUGAGUUAGAACUAUUCGCCUUUUUUCAAGAGCCCUUUCAGCUACACUACACUUAUGAGUGAUUUCAUCGACCUUUACGUAUAUCUGUGAUAGUCAUCAGAGUAACAUUUUAACUAAUAUAUUUGCCAAAUGUAAAUACAUUAUAUAGUUGUACAUGCACGUGUAUAUUUGCCAAAGGUAAAUAUAUUCUGUAAUUGUAUAUGCAUGUGUAUAUUUACUCUGUCUGGAUUUUUUGAAUGCUUAAAAUUUAUUAAGAAGAUUAGCAAUAUGAAACCACAACCUGAGUGUAGGCCUAUGUAUUAUUUCAGAGACAAUUACUAACUGGUAUAUAGCAUAUUUGGGAAGUCUAAUUGUAUUGUUCAAUACCCAGAAUAAAAUAAAUAAAAUUGUGUCCUUUUCCAUUUGUAAAUAGUGUGAAUUCUAUAUUUGAAGCUUUAAAGGAAAAAAUGUAUCAGAUAUAAAGACAGAAGUAAAAAUGUUAAUACAUUU